ACAUGAUGCCACUGGUUGGUUCAUUCUCGAGUUCAAAAGCUCACGCACCUGGAAAAUGACAAUCAUUUAUCCAACGCGAAGCGUUCUUCAACAGGAGAAUUAUCCAGUUCAUGAAGAAACGAGUCGCACUUAUGGAAAAAGUACUAACGCAGAAUAUCAUCUGGAUGACCAAGAUAUUACGGCCAAUCACAGCAACGGUGGCAUCGAGCCUGGCGAGGGACCAAAAACCUCCUACCAAAAGCCGCAACCUGCAUUUGUUCCUUAUCCAACACCUUUGACUCCGGAAGAAGUCCUGGGAACAGCACUGGAUAACGAUCCUAAGCGGCUGAAAGCUCCAGCCUAUUACAACGAGUUGUGCUCGAUGAUCAGUGAGAACAGGAUCGACGCCUUCCAGACUUAUGCGGGGAACAAAUCCACCAGCAUCCGCCUGCGCAGGUGCAUUUGGCAGAUCGAUGUGCUCUGCUCGGAAAUGUGAUGAGGAUUGGGAGUGAAAGGCGAAGAGGCUAUGAUGGAUGGAGCUACGACAGGGACGACGUCUCGGACAAUGAGGGGAUUCACGUUGUCAUCAACGACUAGAAUCAAGGUUCUCAAGGCUGGAACCACGACUAGAAUCAAGG